AUGAUUCCACAAGAAAAUGAUAACAAUACAUCGUCACCAUGUUCACCUACUUCCUCUUCAUCCUCUUCCUCAUCGGGCUCUCAUUCUUCCAUAACCAAUCCAUUAGAUAAAGAAUUAAGAGAUUCUACCUAUGAGAACUAUCUCCCAUACAAAUCCGCCAAAGUAUUAGAACAACCAAGAAUCAUAAUGUUAAAAAUAGAUAAUUUACCACCAGGCAAAAAUUGGAAACAAAUUAAAUACUUAAUUGGGGGAAUUAUUCAUCAUUCAAAUAUUUUGCAAGUCAAACUAUUACCACCUAUGACCUCUGUCGUACCACCAUUCGUAGCAUUACAAAGUUGUAUAAUCAUUUUGAAGGGUAGUUUGAAUCAAAACUCAAUUAAUGAACUGGUCAUGACUUUAAAUACCUAUCAAUGGGAUUAUCAUGAUCUUUAUAGUUAUGUACUGCCUUCGUAUGAUCAGCAACAAUCGUUUUACUCCUAUUAUUACAAUCAGAUGCCUGGAAAUAAUAGAAAUGCAGUUGGACAAGAUCCACAAAUGUUAUAUUUGCAAAGAAAUAUGGCUAAUUUCAAUUUAGAAAAUGAUGAAUCAACUACACUUUCUAAUUCUUCUUCCUCACCUGAAACGCAAAAUUUAAGUCCUAGAAUGGGCACUUCACCACCAUUCCCCAUGAUUCCAACCACCUUCCCAUCAAAUUUAACAACUGCAUCUCCAAAUAUACUAUCAAACUUCCAAAUGCAAACUAAUCCAUCAAAUACAUCACCUCCAGGAAAUGUACCUGGCCCUAUACCACCACCACCACUACCUCAUCACCAACGGCUUCCUGCAGGGAAUAUGCCCAAUCCAUACUCCAUGUAUCCUCCUGUCCCAACUAUGAGGUACCCUUUCGCAAAUCCGUCUGCUCCAAAUUUCAUACGACGUAGUUACUACGAUCAAUCUACGUUGGCAAAGUUUAAUAUCAAUCCAAAUGGGAGAAUAAUAGCAGCAUCUGUAAAAAAAAAUACAAAUCCAUUCAAACAACCAAAAAAAUUGAAGAAUAUCUUUAAUGAAAAAAAUUUUAGGAAACAAAUGACGGAUAGAGGUAUGUGGCAAUUCAAAAUUCAUAAUUUCCCACCUUACCUAUUAGCUGAGUCAAUGAGGCCUUUAUCUAAAAAUGCAAAGGAUAGUAUAAAAAUUGAUAUUGAAACUGAUUCAAUUGAUAAAUAUGCGAAAUUAAGAUGGACUGUUCUGAAGGACUUCAUCAAAUUAAAAUGCCCAAAACUUCUCAAUUUAGCAAGUAGUUCAAACAAAAGCGAACAUGGUAACGUAGAAAAUACCAGAGAAUUUUAUGUUGGCGUUUACGAAAGUUCUGAACAUGAAUUAGUUGUAAAAGUAAAUGAUGAUAUUUUCAUUAUUGAUUGCAUUUGUUAUAAUGCAAUUAUAGGAUUUCAUGAUAAAGAAUUAUUUGAGCUAUGUCUCAGCUCGCUGAAGGAUCAAGAAUACUCAUUAGGUUAUAUUUUACAAGUCGAAAUUUUACCGCCUUAUGAUAAUCUGGAAGAGAGUAAUACGCCACUUUAUCAUAAUCAUAAUGAGCAGGUGAAACUUAAUAAUUCAAACUCAACAUCUUCCCUAUAA